AUGAGGUCGUACAAUCUGCUGAUUAAAAUAUUUAUGGCUGUACUGGUAUUAGUAAUAUUUUGGCAGAUAUCUAAUUUGUGGAAAUCAGCUACGCCAGAAAAAAGUGAAUUAGAGAAGCUGAUUGAAAAGCAGCAAAUUCAGCCUGUUGUGGUGACAGUUUUUUACGAAGCAUUGUGCCCUGAUUCCAGAAGUUUUAUCAAGCAUCAGUUGAAGCCAACUUUUGACAAAAUCGAAGAUUACAUUGACGUAAACCUAAUUCCUUAUGGCAAAGCUGAGACAAUAGUUACCAGCGACGACUACGAAUUCAAGUGUCAGCAUGGGGAAACCGAAUGCGAAGCAAAUAUGAUUCAUGCGUGUGCGAUACAUAAAGUGCUUAAUUCUAGGAGGCGAUUGGAGUUGGUGGAAUGCAUGAUAAGCAAUAAUAUGCAUCCACAGGCAAUUCUGGAAACCUGUGCCAAAGGAAUGGACGAGCUGAAGGAUAUAGUGCAAUGUUCAAAGUCAAUGGAAGGAAGAAAAAUGUUGAAGAGAUUCGGUGACCUAACUAAAAGUUUGGAUCCCAGAGUCAGUUUCAUACCGACCAUCACUCUGGAUCACGAGAUAGACAAUCAAAUAUUGAUUCUAAAAAACCUGCUCCGUCAAGUAUGUCAGAGAUUAGAUUCACCACCAAGCGAGUGCAAGAGCUAG